GGAUUGAUGAUGAUACUCCAUAUGAGAAAUUAGAAGAGAUUGAUAAUGGUGCCCCAUGUGCGAAUUUAGGAUUUUCUGUUGGUGACAAUGCUUCGAAACUUAAUGUUUCAUAUGUAAAAUUGGAAUUUUCUGGGAAGAAAUUAGAAUUUUCUAGGAAGAAAUUAGAAUUGUUAAAGAUUGAUGAUGAUGCCCCUUGUGUGAAAUUAGAAUUUUCUGUUGGUGACAGUGCUUCAAAACUUAAGGUAUUAGAAUUUGAGAAUGACGUUUCAUAUGUAAAAUUGGAAUUUUCUGGGGAUGACAGCCUAGACUACGAGUCUUCAUGA